AUGGUUGCUCCCGAUAGCAGUAGUGGUGGGUCCGAGGUUGAAGUCAUCCUGGCACCAGGCCGAAAGCGACGCCGGAGGAUUGACGCAACUGUUGUUAUCGACUUGGAAGCAGAUUGCAAUGAGAAACUUGAGGAAGAGGAAGAUAAACCACAACUUCCAGAGAUACAUGAUUGGCGAGAACGACGGCACCAGGGAUUGAACCUCCGCGGGUAUCCUCCUCGAAAUCCACACGGUGGUAAAGGAAAGGGAUCUGGUGCUCAUCGUCAACGGCAUGAGCUCAUAGCCUAUGGGGACUCAGAGAGCAGUGAUAGUGCAUCUGACGAUGAUAUAGAUUCUGAUUGGGGAGAACUCAACCUUGCAGCGCAAUAUAAUGGAGUAGUUCCCGCAGACCGUCCGGACCUGCACACGUUCCGCUGUCCUGUGAGGGGCUGUCUGAAGGUCUUCGACAUUGCGCGGGAGAGGGAUGAGCAUGUUGGUCUGCUACACAAGGAGAGUAGGGAGGCCUUCGAGAUCAGGUCGAGGGUCUUUGCCAAAGAGGUUGAUGAGGAAGGUGUUACUAUGAUGGUGGCUGGGGUGCGCUGUCCCCGACCGUUGCUGCGGUACUACUGUCCGGGCUUCACCAAGGGCAGUACUGCGCAGCUGACCAGUUUCCAUCCAGCGCUUGAGCAGGCUAUAGCUGAUGAAGUUACUCGUCAUCGUCCAUUAAAGUGGAGUUUAGUGAGGAUCUGCGCUGCCUUCAUAACAGCACUGAGGGUCGAACAGAAGAUCCGAGGGGUGCCUUUGAGGGGCAUGGAGCGGCUGGUUAACGCAGUCUAUAAGGAGGGGAUGAGGAGGCUGGAGGGCGGCCGGGAGAGUCGGCAUACGUCCAGGGAAGUUCUACGAGGGAUGUUUAAUAGGCCGCCGGCGUUCGACAAGGUCCAAGCAACGGAGGCUCGCGCUAUGGUCUUGCUGCUUCAUAGAUUCUCGAGCAGACUGGAACGAUGA